GAGGACGGAGAAGAAGAAGAAGGAGGCGAAGGAGAAGGAGGAGGAGGACGGAGGCCUGGCUAACGACGGCGAACGUCCUCGAGGGUGCGAACCAACAGCAGCACCACCGCCGACGACGACGAUGAUCGCGACGGGCGGCGAUCGACGUACGUGUUGGAGACGGAGGCGCCGAUUGGCGGUGGUGGCUGUGUUCUCGACGGUUUUGGCGUUCGCGAUGGGUCCCUCGUCGUCCUGGGGCCACAGACCGGCGCCGAGCAACCCGAUUAUACUUCACACCACCAGCACGCUGCUGCCGGUCGUGGUGCGGCUGGACAACAACGGUGUGCCUGUGUAUGAUCGUAAUAACAGCAUCGGCAGCGGCAGCAACAACAACAACAACAACAACAACAACAACAACAACGGCGGAUUGAACGCCGCGAGUCACGAUGGUCACAAUAGGACUAAUGAUAACGCCACGGACGUGAAGAGGCCGCUCUUCCCCGACGAUCUGUUCACCACUGACCAACGGCGCCGUGGCGCCGUGAUACUCCACAUACUCGGCGUAGUGUACAUGUUCGUCGCGCUAGCGAUCGUCUGCGACGAGUUCUUCGUGCCGUCGUUGGACGUGAUCAUCGAGAAAUUCGAGAUCGCCGACGAUGUGGCCGGUGCCACCUUCAUGGCGGCCGGUGGAUCGGCGCCCGAACUCUUCACAUCGAUCAUAGGCGUGUUCGUGUCGUUCGAUGACGUCGGUAUCGGCACUAUCGUCGGUUCCGCCGUCUUCAACAUCCUCUUCGUCAUCGGCAUGUGCGCUAUAUUCUCGCGUACGGUACUGUCACUCACAUGGUGGCCUCUGUUCCGCGACUGCACCUUCUACAGCGUCAGUCUGCUCACCCUGAUCUACUUCUUCCGCGACAGUCACAUACACUGGUACGAGGCGCUCGUGCUGUUUGGAUUCUACUUGGGAUAUGUAAGCUUUAUGAAGUGGAACCAGCAGACGGAGAGGUUCGUCAAGAGAAUAAUCUACAGAAACAGAGUGACCCGGGUGAGGUCUACCGAUCAGCUGAUGCCCUCGCACCAGAGCGCCGCCCAGGCAUUGCAGCAUCCGAACGCGACCAACAGUAGCGAGACGAGCGUGGGUGGCGUAUCGGGUGCGUGCGGAAGCAGCGGCAUACCGGUGCCCGGGGAAGCCGGAUGCAGCAGCAGGGGCGGCAGCAGCAGCGGUGCCGGCGGCACCGGUACCGGACAGGGUUGCGAGCAGGGUGCCCACGGAGGGGGCCCGUCUUCUCACUCAACGCGGGAGAGCCACGCCAAGUUCCGCCACGGGCUGCUGCAGCUUAUGAUCCACACGAUCGAUCCGCUCCACGACGGUCAGUCCCGCGCCGGCAAGGUGGACGAGAAGGCGACGCAGCUGCACGCGAUAGCGUCGCUGAAAGUGCUGCUGGACGCCACGAGGCCGCACAACGGCGCCGCGACGUCGACCGCCGCCCAUUAUUCCGGCGCGCCCUCGAAGGAGACGACCCUGCAGCUGCAGCAGGGCUCGCAAGGCACCACCACGACCACCACGACUACGACCACCACUGCCGGCACCACCGCCGGUAUUCAGGAACUUCCGAACGGUGGUAUUGCCGUCGGUAUCGACGGCCUCGAAACGGGCGAUGACGAUGAGCCUCCGGAGGCCUUGGACAUGGGCUGGCCUAGCAGCCCGAGGAAAAGGCUAACUUACAUCUUGGUCGCGCCAAUCUUAUUCCCCCUUUGGUUGACGUUACCGGAUACGAGAACACCCAGAGGGAAGAAGUUCUUCCCGGUGACGUUCAUCGGCUCGAUCUUCUGGAUCGCGGCGUACUCGUAUCUGAUGGUCUGGUGGGCGAACAUCGCCGGCGACACAGUGGCCAUACCGCCGGAGGUGAUGGGCCUGACGUUCCUCGCAGCCGGCACCAGCAUACCGGACCUCAUCACGAGCGUCAUCGUCGCGCGAAAGGGCUACGGCGACAUGGCUGUGUCGAGUUCCGUCGGCAGCAACAUCUUCGACGUGACCGUUGGGCUUCCUGUUCCAUGGCUCCUGUACGGCUUGAUCUAUGGGAAACCCGUGGAGGUGAACUCGGUAGGCAUGGUGUGCAGCAUAGCGAUACUGUUCUGCAUGCUGCUGUUCGUGAUCAUGAGCAUCGCCUGCUUUAAGUGGCAAAUGAACAGGGGUCUCGGCUUCACGAUGUUCAUCCUCUACUUCGUCUUCGUCGCCGUCUCGCUGAUGUUCGAGUACCAGUUGUUAAUCUGCCCAGUGUAGGACUGCCAGGACAGCAGCCGUGAUAACGGGCGAAGCAGAAUGCAUCCCCUCCGGCAGUGCGUUGCCGGAGGCGGAGGAACACGUCUGCGGAUGGACGUACACACACUUACGGGUCUCGUCACCAUCAUCGUCAUCGUCGUCGACAGGUCUCGGUCAACGAGAAAAAACUCUUCCCUGCGGUAAUCCCGCAGCUUCGAGCCCCGAGGAGAGAAAACCGUGCCAGUUAUUAUCUCUUCCUUCCCGCGCGCGCGUGCGCACGUGCGAAGGAAAUUCAAAGGUCAAACGGCAAUAUAGCAUCAUCUUCGUCACACAUCAUCGUCAUCAUCAUCACCAUCACCACAUCACCCCAUUACCACCGCCACCGCACCAUCACCGGUCAUCGAGUCGCAGCAGUUUACGUACCGCGCAUAUUACAAGGUGUCUUGUUCUCUAGUCGAGCUGUAUAUAUUGUAUAAAUCUUGAAAUACCUGAAAUGAAAUACUCGUCUUGUUAUAAGAAUUCAUCGAGCGCGGCACUCCACGACCGCUCGAGUGCGCUACUCUAUUUAGGCACGGCGAGCGCGUUAGCCGAUCGUGCCAAGGACCAAACGAGUGUAACUUCGUAUAAUCCGCAGCAGGGGAGUCACCCGGCUAAGUUCGAGUUCCACCCUCUCGAGCGUCUUCUCCUCCUCCUUCCUCUUUUUCGUCCUCUGUUUCUCCUCGUUACUUGCGAGCGAGCAAAAGAGCGAGUCGGCGAACGAGCGGUCCCGCAGAUCGCUGUCGCUACUCGCCAGUCAUUUAUUAUUACAGACCGUCUUGAUUCAAAAUAUUCGGACUUUCGCGACCGGAGAGGCCGGCUUGAAGGGAACGGGUGUUCAGAUGCGACGGCGACGACGUCGUCCAGUCUUGAAGAGAGCGCGUCCGCGUCGAAGCGCUGAGCAGCGUCUCUCAGCCGCAGCCGCUGUUAUAUUAGCAAUAAAUCAACGCGAUUCCUCGAGCUACGGUGAUCGAACUGUCGGAUUUCUCCAACGUCCAACGCAGACUCACCGCGAUGUUUGUACAAAAUGCGCUCGUAGGACUUCUUGUUUGACUCCUUGGCACGCUCAUGUCCGAAUAUUAUAUAUGUAUAUAUAUAUAUAUAUAUCUAUGUGUAUAUAUAUAUAUAUAUAUAACAUUACCCUAGAUGAAAAGUGGCCUGACCGCUCGCCGAUUUUUCUCUAAAGCAAGACUCUCUCUUCGCCUCUACUAUAAUUGUAGGAUAGCGUUAUAAUUUCAUUCUGUUGUGCUCACGGGAUCCAAUCUGACGCGGUGCGCUGUCCGGCGUUUCGUUUCGACGAGUGAGCAGAAGGUGCCUGCUCGAGUGAGCCUUCAAGUGCUACAUAUACAAACGUGUUGUUUCUCUCUGUUGUUUCGGUACAUGGACAAGCUUGUCAAAAAUUCACACCAUGAAGAAUCAAAAUAGUAUCGUCGGAGUCAUACAUUCGAAGAGUCGUUUCGUUCCUCGCCGGAUUUCGUUCUUCCGAGUAAUUUUCGCCGCGUAAGUCGUCAAUUAUGAUCACAAAGUGAAGUAAAGCGGUGUUUGGUCGAUAAAAGAGAAAUUCUACGCUCGUAAAAAAUUGUUUCAGACGCCGCCGAGAGUUUCUAUACGUCGUUCGAUCGAACGACGCGAUUCACAAACACCGAUAAUCACAUCUCGAACAAAACGACUGACCGCUGCACCAGUUUUACAGAGCACGAUCGGAACGGAUGUUGCUGUUGAUACGUGAAUAAGAGAUCGAAUGAUGGAGGUAAUAGUAACGGUAAUCAAAUAACACGAGACGCUGACCGGCACCGAGCGUUAACUCCUGCUUUAUUUCCUGCGUUUUCGUUGCGGUGAGUCAUUAUUUCGGGCAAGUUUGAUGAGCGCGGCAAGCGAAUUCUCGAAUAAAAUCAAAGAAAAUGUGUUCAUCGACGCGAUGAUAGUGUUAAUUUCGAGCGAGAUCACCGCGGUGACGGUCGUUCUCGGUUAAUUAUCCGUUAAUUGCGCAUUAAAACAUCGUCGUCGUUUCGGGUUAGUUAAACGCGUUCUUACGACUGACUAAACUUCCGCCUUUAAACGUUGCUUUAUAAAGUGCUUCGGUUGCAGUCGUACACACCGAUCAAGCGAGUCCAUUUAGUCCAUUUAUUCGGUGCUGGUCAACGAGCGAGAGUGAGAAGCGAGUCCGUUCGAGCGCAAGGAAGCGUCUCGUUCGCGUAAAGACAACUUCGAUUCGAUUCCGCGCGCGAGUUUCCCCGUGUUUCCUUUUAAAAAUACAAUUACUAUUACAACUACUACAACUACUAUUACUAUUAUUACUGCUACUACUAUUACUACUACUAUUACUACUACUAC